AUGCGAACGAGGAAGAGAGCGCUUGAAGAAGUCAGUCCCAACGAAUCGCCUGAACCAAAGCUAGCGAAAAGACUCACACGCGACCGAGAAAAUGCGUCUGUACGACUAGAGUCCGUGGUUCUACAACAUGCUGACCCUUUCUCGCUCAAGGAGGUGUUAACGCUACAGCUAAAGUAUGUAACGUACGCUAAACCAUCGUACAGCUUCGACCUGGAAGAUAUUAAGACAGGAAAGCAUAUCCAAACGGCCGCCAGAUAUAAGGAGCGAUAUGAUGGCAAGCCGGCCGAGAAAUUCCCGAAUUGGCCCUACGUAAUAUCCCAAGCUACAGCAGAGCUCGUCAAGAAGUAUAGCCUCGAAUCUAUCAAGCGUGACGAGGAUAGUUUCGACAUGGUGGUCUCGAACGACUUUACUGGAUAUGGGUUGCAGGAGGUUAUAGAGAACCAGCUCACAGCCAUCAACUCACUCAUGGCUAAGCGACACGUUUCGGCCGAUGAGCUUGCUGUUGGCCUCUGGGUACGCUUGUCAGCUUUCGCCCACUGGACUCAAUCGCAACAACUAGCGCCUUGGUUCAUGAUGGAUGAUGGUCAGCGCUGGCAGGACACUGUCGCAAUGAUUGGUAUCGCAAUUUUAGCCACGCUAAACGCUCUCGAUCGGGCAAAGCUACUCAUGGAGCACUCCCCGGUCAGGGACCUGGGUCUGGUUCUCGCACUUCUUGGAGACUUCAUUUGCGAUUGUCUGGAUCAAGCCACGACCAUCCCAUAUCUAUCAUCGAACCCUAGAGAAAUCUGCUGGCCGUAUAAGAUUGUCUCCUACGCCAAGGCCAACGGUAUCAAGAUCAAAGGCGUUCGGGGCAUCGAAGAGAGAUUCGUACAAAAGUUCGAUGACGUGGAUGAGGCGAACUAUUGGAAGAGAAAAGAGUGUGUUGAUCGCUGGGGCUGGGGUACAAAGUGGAGAAUUCUCUGUCAAGCGUACGGCGAACCACGUCACAUCUUCCAUUCGGGUCCACCACUUGGAGGAAAUUACUUUGAUAUCACACGCUGGCCCGCUGCUGAGAGGAAGAAGUACCACUUCGAGAACAAAGACCCUCUUGAGCCCGGAAACUCCCUAUUGCUGUGUUUGGAAAGUAGCCUUGGGCUAUGA